AUGUGUCGAUCAAAGCUGAAAGUAAAGCCACGGAGACGCCAAUGACACGUUCGUGCUGUUAUUUUGAAACGCGUAUGCGCUUUCGGUAGCGGAUAUGGCGCAUACGGAUUGCAGCUAGCUUGACGCAGCGUAGUCCUCAUGUUUUGUUGGUAACAAAUCGCGGACUGUGAUGCUAAAUCUGUGUCCUUUGUGUUUGCUGUGAAUUGAUUAGUCAAAUUGUAGGGGUCGCAUCAGUACUGGGCAGGAAAAGACGAUGCUCUCGAAUCUAUCGUCGACAGCUAGUGCAAAGUGGUUAGCUGGAUAUUGUUAACGUUACUAUUACCUAACAUUAACGUAAGGUCUGAGCCGAAAAUCAUCAGAGAUCUUCUUACACAAGGAGUCUGUGAGUAAAGGAGCUCAAAUGGUCAGUAUAUGCAGUGUCCUGUAAGACUCGCGAGAUAUGUAGCUGAAGGCUAACCAUACUUGGCUAGCUUACGUUAUAUGAUUUUGCGUGUCCACGUCUAGCCUCAUCUGCCGUGUUUAACGUUGCCAGCUGAGCUAGGCCACGUCCCAUCGGGCGUAUUUCAUCUACUGGCAUUGGACGAAUUCUACAGAACAUGAUUAGCUUGCGGACACAGGAAGGACAGGAAUGAUCAGUAGAAAUGUAUAUAGUUUUUAGUGAGUGCGUGUGUUUGUAGUGUUAGCAGUUAAGAACAGUUGCCGCAUAUGCAUGGCGUGUCACGUAGACGGAUGUAUUUUACACCGGAAGAAUACUCUCACUGAGUUCUGUGGGUUGCAGUAACAACCUGAAGUAAGGCUACACUUUGCUUUUUUGAAAUGGUUGGAUUUGGUGCAAACCGACGGGGAGGCCGCCUCCCGUCCUUCAUCCUCAUCUUCUUGAUGGUGAUCAUCGCCAUACUGUCUUUCAACUACUGGAGGGUAACCAGCAAGCACGGCCGCUUGCUGGAUGAGGUGGCAGAGGUGCAGACGCAGGUGAAGCGCACGGAGGCGGCGCGGAACCGGCUAGAGAAGCGAAACACGGAGCUGAUGGUGCAGGUGGACACGCACAGGAAACAGAUCGACCAGAAGGAUAGAGACCACAGCGUCCUGGAGGGCAAGCUGCAGACGCGAGAGGCGCUCGUCAGAAAGUGCACCGAUGAAAAGAUGAAGCUGCAGGGUGAUGUCACAGCCCAGAUGACAGAAAUUCAGAGGCUGAAAGAACAGCUAAAGGAGCUGAAGCAGGAGUUCAUGAAACAGGAAGAGCAGCUAAGAGAAGUGAAGAAGAAUAGCACUACACUGGAAAGAAAACUGGAGUACGAGAGUUUACAGUGUGGACGCCAGAUCGCACAACUGAAAGACGAGUAUGAAGAAUCAAAGAAGAACCUGGUGGCAGAAGCAUCAAAGCUAAGACUGAGUGCAAUGGAUGGUCAGAAGGGCGCAGUGGCAGGUAGACAGGUAGAUGUGGCAAAGGAUGGAGAGCGCCAUACAGUGGCCACUCACCAGCUUAAUGGUCCAGAUUUAAAAGAAGAGAUGGGGAAGCCUGGCAGUGAUGCUGGUAUGCCUGGUAUUGAAGACAGCGAGGUGGGAAAAAUCGACGACGUGCACUUUGCCUUGAAGAAAUCAGGCAUCAAUCCAAAGCAUGACGAGGCCCCUGAUGUGGUUGUAGAAGGUGGUGCUGGACCUGGAGUCGGGGCAGCUGAUGGCCCUGGAGGCCAAGGCCUGGCCCUGGAUGAGCCCAAGCUGCAGCAGGACAGAAUGGAGGGCCAAGCAGUAGGGGUUGCACCUCCAGGCUCCAACAAACAGGCAGACAAACCGAUAGUGUUUGAAGAAGACAAUAAGGGACGUAUCAAAGCAGAUGAGCUGGGAGAAGAGCAGAGACAAAUUCAAGCUCCUGAUAAUGUCAAGGGUGACGGUGAACACCUGAAGAGGAAUCCUCUGCCACCCAAGCCUGCUCAGGCACCAAACCCCAUCCAAACUCCCCACGCCAAAGAGCAAGUUCCUGCAGAGCCAUUACACCACCGCCAAAGCCGGUUCUUUGAUGAGAACGAAUCCCCAGUAGAUCCGCAACAUGGCUCUAAGCUAGCGGACUACAAUGGGGACGAUGGGAACGUAGGUGAGUACGAGGCCGACAAGCAGGCCGAGCUGGCCUACAAUGAGGAAGAGGAUGGUGAUGGUGGGGAGGAAGACGUUCAAGAUGAUGACGAUCGAGAAAUGCAGGGAGAUCGCGCUGUGGAUUAUGGAAAAAGACAUCAAGUCAUUGACAUUCUUUGAAUGGGAACGUAUACAGCCACAAUUCAUUAUACAUUCAGACCUUCCUCUACAACUAAGGUCUCUAUCGACAAAAUAGACAGAACAUCAACACCUUUUAAGAAUUUAUAAGGUGCAUCGUCAAUGUCAUGGACUAUUUUGAAAAAUGGACGUUGCAACUAAUGAAUUAAUUCUCAAUGACGUAACAUAAUAGAAGGAAAAGAAAUAAUAAUGGCAUUGUCCUGAGCUGCUGUUGAUUGGGGGAUGGUUUUACAGUGAGUUAUGAUAGUAGAGAUCAUAACCCUGUACAUUGAAUGUUGAGUUAUUUGAUAUUUGCCUCAAUUGAUAACACGGUGAUCCCAUUUGACUGACAUCAGAAUUUCAGGGUCAAACUUUUUUUGUUUGUUUUUGUUCUUGCUACUUUUCUUGAUCAGGUUGCUGUUGCUUGAUAUACAGUACACAAACCCUGAGGUUUUUAUCUAAGGGACUAAUUCAUCAUUCUGUCUUUCUAAUAUAAUUUCGGGACUCGUAUGGGAUGACCAUUUUUUUGUUUAUAGAACUGGGAAUACACUACAACUGUCAAAGACUCUGCUUGUGGUCUAUUAAAUUGAUUUCUCUUUUUGUGAGACACUCAAAAGUGCUCCUCAUUCAUUUUCUUUAAUGAUGCCAUGGCAUGCAUUUUAAAUAUUUUCUUAAUAAUAAAACUGAGCAAAAUACAGAUACUUAAGCAAUACUUAGAGCAAUGUUAGUGUCUCCUGCAGUGUGCAAAGAUGACCUAAGCACAUAUGGAGUUGACAUACUGUACACAUGCUUCCAUUAAUGAGGUUUCUUGUACAUAAUGUAGCUGAACUGUUACCAUUUAUACUGAGGAAAACUAACUCUUCACGUCUAGGGAAAUCUGUUAACAUGAAAUCAGUUCUGUUUGUGCAGCCAGGAAAAUGGAUUUCUCAUGGAAAGGCACAUUGGAUGUAAUUUAAUUUUAUUAAAGUGAUGGUUCAUGUCA